CGAUGUUUGAUAUGAUAUGAUGUCUACUGUAUUACAGUAUAGAGUAAUAGAGUAUUUGGAGUAUUGGUUGCCAUUAUUUUGAAGACUGUGGAAAGGGAUCAACUGAUCGCGUGAUCACUCGGUGACCAUAUCUGCCAUAUCUGUGAUGAAGAGAAGGAAUGGUGAGUUGUGUGGAGCGAAACUGAGGCGCGCCAACAAGAAGAGCAAGAUUACUGAUGGACUGAACCAAAGUCCGUUGAUAUACGUCAAGUUCCUGUUGGUGUGGGCUUUAGUCCUUUUGGCCGACUUUAUCGUUGAGUUUCGGUUCGAGUAUUUUACUUACGUGUGGGUGCAGUACGUGUGGCACACAGAGAGGGGCAUAUGUCUGCCCACUGUCUCUCUUUGGUUACUCUUUGUAUAUAUAGAAGCGUCAGUUAGACUCCGAGAACUGAAGAACUUACCCUUCCAUCUGGAUCUGUGCCGACCUUUUGCUGCUCAUUGUAUUGGGUAUCCGGUGGUGACGUUGGGCUUUGGCUUCAAGUCAUACGUGAGUUACCGAAUGAGGUUAAGGAAGCAGAAAGAAGUGGCCAAAGAAAACGAGUUCUAUUUGGAACUGAUUCAGAAAGCCUUACCCCAGGAGUCGCCGCCACCGCCCGCUCCCAGUUUACCUCAAGACUCGGAACUCAUCCAAACAAAUGGUGUCAAUCAUUGCGGUCCUAAUCAUCAAAAGAAGUCGAGUAUUAGUUCAACAAAUUCUGACAAAUCGCUGAUUUUAAGCAAUGGUUCGGCGAAUAAAUUAAUUUGUGAAUACGAAUCAUCCAACAAAAAGUCUAUCUCUAAUGGUAUCGAUAGACAUGAAUUACAAUAUAUGGAGCAUCAGAUCAUCAAAAAGAUAUCAUCACUCAAUCACUUUGACAACGACGACAACGUCGAGGAUAUUGUAGAGCAUAACAACACCACUAAUAAGACUCACAUGAAGAAUAUGACAGCAUUAACACAAUCGCCGAAAGGCACUCAUAUAACAAACCUGAGUGUUUCCUCAGCGCCACCGGUGUCUCAAUCACACCAGACAUCCAACAAUAAUAACAAUCAGUGUACGUCAAACACGAGCUCUUCAAACAACAUCUCCAAUACUACCACUAAUAACACCUCUAAUAGCACUAAAAAAGCCAAAAAUAUUGUCGCCAACAACUUAUCGCCUGUUAAAGACGACCAUUCACUCAGGUUGGAGGCGGAUAUUAAGCGCUUGAAAGCGGACCUCCAGGCGUCGCGUCAAUGCGAGCUCGACCUGCGCUCCCAAUUAAACUCGAUUAUAGUGGACGAUAGGUCUGUGAAGAAUGAGUUGUCACAACUACGACAGGACAAUGAGAAUCUACAACAAAGACUCCACAAUUUGGUGACCGCUAAACAACACGACAAACAGACUAUCAUUAAGUUGGAAAAGAGUUUAGAUGAGGAGAAAAAACGGCUCAAAGCAAACGUCGAACUCCAGGUAACCAACGAGAAGAAGGCUAAGAAGGCAGAAGAGGUAGCGGCCAGAGCGGCCCAAAUUGCCGCCCAAAACCGUUUGGAGUGUUCCGAUAACUGCAAAGCAAAGCGACGCGAAUUAGAUAACGAUCUCAAACAACUGCAACACGAGUUGAAGCUUAAAGAUGAACAGUUAAAACAAAGCGAAAAAGCUCUACGUCAGUACAAGAACUCUGCGACUGACGCCGAAGUACUCAUGUCAGCGCUGUCUGCAAUGCAGGAGAAGAACUCACAUCUCGAGAAGAGCUUAAGUGCGGAGACGAGACUUAAAUUGGAUUUGUUCUCAGCUUUAGAUGAGACUAAAAGACAGUUAGAAAUGACUCGAUUGAUUUUACUUCAACGCGAGAAAGAGAUCGAUGAGUUGAAGUCGAAAAUAGCUGAAGUGAUGGCUGUAAUGCCGACCACACCUAAUGGCAGUUACGGGAGUUUAGCCGACAACGUAUCACUUGUAAAUAGUUUGCUGCCAGUCUUUGGACACCAUAACAGCCACAACAGCCAUAACCACAAUCACACCAAAUAUCUUCACACAUUAACAGACGACCAUAACAUGAAGAUAUCCAACACUUCGCCAUUAGAUCCUAACGCUUCGAUCUAUACGCCUAAAAUAGGCGCACCUGAUCUCUAGAUCUUUGACAACAGACACUCAACAACUUCAACAACAAUUGUCCUCUUUUUUAAUUAUUCAAUCAAAAAUGGAUAAGACUUUAUGUUAUUUGUCAUGAGAUAUAAUUUAAACAAAAAUUUAUUUAUAAUCUUUUUUGCCUGAAAUGUUUGCUUUCAGAAUAUUCCCCCAAAUCAUUGACUGAAAAUAUUUGACAAACCAUUGAAAACAAUUAUUUAUGAGUUGUGAAUAAUAAAAGCAAUUUUGUUCGCUUUUUUGUUUCAUUUAA